ACAUAGACUUUGGGGGCGUGGUGCUUUACUUAUUGGCUCCUAAAUCCUUCCCUGUCCGGCUGAGUUAAAGGGGAAAGAGAAGCGCAGUUCUUUUAUUUCCUGGGCUGAACCGCACACACUGGCCAUGGCUUCAGAAAAGCCAACACUUUACAGCUAUUUCCGAAGCUCCUGCUCAUGGAGAGUGAGAAUCGCGCUGGCUAUUAAAGGGAUUGCCUAUGACCAGGUACCAGUGAACCUCAUGAAGGAUGGGGGGCAGCAGUUUUCUGCUGAAUUCAAGGCAGUGAAUCCAAUGCAGCAAGUCCCAGCCUUGAAAAUUGAUGGUAUCACCAUUAGUCAGUCGCUGGCUAUAAUUCAGUACCUGGAAGACACUUGUCCUAACCCCAGGCUCUUGCCCCAAGAUCCAAAGAAAAGAGCCCAAGUCAGAAUGAUCUCGGAUCACAUUGCUUCUGGCAUUCAGCCACUCCAGAAUUUGAGCAUCCUGAACAAAAUGGGGGAGAGAAAAAUGGAAUGGGCUCAGCAUUGCAUCACAUCUGGAUUCCAAGCACUAGAACAGAUUCUGCAGCACACUGCUGGACGCUACUGUGUGGGAGAUGAGGUAUCCAUGGCUGAUCUGUGCUUGGUGCCUCAAGUUGGCAAUGCUGAAAGAUACGGUGUGAACCUGGGUCCAUAUCCUACAAUAACUAGAAUAAACAAAGCUCUCCUGGAGUUAGAGGCAUUCAAAGUAAGCCACCCAUCCCGGCAGCCAGACACUCCUGCAGAGCUGCGAUCUUGAUGCCCUUCUACCCAUUAAAUCAAGUAGCUGGAGUGGCAAGGACUUGACUGCCAGCAGGAAGCCCUGUACUAACAUCUCACUACGUGGGACAGCUGAUUUGACUUCUUCCUUAUGUCCAGCAGCAAUCUUGCAGAAUUAAUAAAAAUCUGUUCAGAGCAAAGCUAUAAUCAGAAAUAUAUAACCAGCUCACUCCCAUAUGCUGAAAAUUACGGCAAUCUCUUCCUUCUCCCAUUCACAGACAAUGCCCUGUGCAUUUCCCUAGUCCUCAGCUGCAAACUAUUUGCUAAAGGAAUAAAUCUCAUAUUACAUGC